GAAUGACGUUUUUAAAGUUCGUUCGCUCCAGCCAAUGACAUUCAUCGAAUUCUGAAGCGCGAAGAGUUUAAGGCAGGGAGAGAAGAGAGCGAUGGCUAACGGAAACUCUGAGGUUUAACAAAACAAUACUUUUAAAAUGCUAUUUUUUAUAACUUUCCGUUAUCAUUAACUGUACAUUUAUAUGACUUAAUUCUUUUUUAACUGCUUCGUGUUGUUUUAGCUCAACGGCGACAGAAAUCAUGACUCGUGUUGAGAAAAAUAGCGUACGUGUGCGUUCGUUCCCAGCAGCUGCUCUUGAGAUGUUUCUUGCUUAGCGUUUAUUGACGUUUUAAAAGACGCGAAGUCAUGUUUAGCGUUUGUUUUCUUUGUCUAGUUUAGUUCUAAACGUCUAUAAGUGUUACAUUUGAUCUCUGGAGGAGGUAGUGUUUUGCAUGACAGCUCUUUAAGUCCAGUUAUGGCCUCUCAGAAUGUGUUUUUUGCUAUCGAUGUGGAUUAUCGACCAGACGAAACCAACAGCACGAUUAGUGCCUAUCAAAACCAUCUCAAACAGUGGAUACUAAGAGUCCUGCUCGGUUUGGGAUACAAGUAUGGGCUGGAAAAAGUGCGAUGGGGUUAUAAAUUCUUCCAUUCAAGGACUGUGAAAAGUGCAACACUUAUAACCAGAGGAUCUGAUUUCAAGGAGCUCCAGGAGAAGGUGUUCAGUGACUUCGAAGAGGAGCUGCUUGUCAAGUUCAGUGUGGAAGGAAAGUCGCCCAAAAGUCGGGAAAAGUCCAACAAACUGAAACCCAGCCCGGCUAGUUGUGUCCAAAAUGCUUUGAAAGAGAUCCUUCUUGACUUCCAGUGGGACAGACCUGAUCUAACAUCUCCAACCAAGGUCACACUGAGACCGAGAAGGUCGAGUCGAAGUGGCAGGAAUAUCCCUCUGCAGGACUAUGACAUGUUAAGCAUUGACAAAAAUGUCCUUUUCGUUGUGUCUGAAUGUCCACGGUCCAAAGCAGAGUUGGAAGACUACUUGUCCAUCCGUAGGGAUUACAGUAGACUUCAUAGAGACAUACAUGAGCAGGUGCUGCCCAAAGGUCUGAUAGAUAUGCUUAUGCAACGCAAAGUGUUGCUUCAUUGGGCUGAUUCAGGUAUAUUGAAGGCUAAUCAUGUGGUGAAGGACUACACUGGCAUGGAGACAUUGGCAGAGCUUCUUGGGCAGGUUGGUGGACGGGUGGUGCCCAUGCUGUCUCCUUGUUUGCCAGUGAUGGACCAGCAUUGUGAUACAAGCCCUUCACUGGGUUUAGGAAUAGAUGCCUUUCCUAUAGAUUCAACCAAUAGCUACCUUGAGUUGUCUGAAAGAAUGCACCGACAAGUCUUUCCUCCUUUGGGUGGAUGUCUUUCCUGGAUUGCAGAUGGGAACAGGCAGUCCUGUAGUGUGACUCUGCAGCCGGUAUCAUGCAGGCAGAGGUUUCUGCGAGCUCCUUUGGAUGUGUUUCUCAGAGGUGUCCUGCAGGACCUGGACACCAUCUCCCUCUCAUGUUCAGCCUCUGAAAGCUGGAUAAUUCAGUGCACAGAUGCUGAACUGGGUCAGGAGGCUUUUCAGCACUUAAAGCAGCUGUCUACUGGAGGAUCUGCCAUGCUAGCAGAAGUGAGUGAAGGAGGUGUGGUGUGUUCAGGGGUGCUGUCGGUGCUCUCCUCCUGUAUGGCUCAACUCACUGUCCUUCGGCCGCUGGUUUCUCAGGAAGACCAGUUUCUGCCCACACACGUUGUUCCCUUGGACAGCACAGACAUCUCCAGUGACCUACCUGAUGUUGUCAGCAGUGUCCUCAAUGUCAUGUAUGACAUCAUGGAGGAUGAGGAUUGCUCAGAUCAAGUAAAGUUGCCGUAUGUUCCUGAUUGGGCCAAUCAAGAGCUCAAGCAGGAGUCUUGUUUAAGAAGAAAUGGGCUGGUAGAGGGAUGGUUUCCUUUUUCUGACCAAUCAGGAAUCAGCUGCCAUUUAAUGGAAUCGAUGAGGCUCCUGCAUGCAGCUCCAGAGGAGAGGGAAGAGGAGUAUUCCGAUACUCAGCAGGAGAUCACUAGCAGUCUCUCAGAGCUCUAUCAGAGCAGCACAACUGGAUCCAGUGGCAACCUGAGGUCCAAAAAACGAGGUACACAAUGCACACCAGUAAGGCAGAAGAUGAAGACUAUGAGUCGCUCUCUACAGAUGCUGAAUUUUGCUCGCUUAAAUGUGAAAGCACAAAAAACUCAGGGUGAUAGCAGCUCUGCUGGAUCUGCCAAAGGAGCUGAAAAAGGGGGCAAGAGAUGCUCUGGGGAUCGGACCAAGCCUGGCCUCUUGCAUUUCAACAGUGAGGAAGAUCUGCUUUCCCACCUGGGGCUCACUUAUCAGAAAGCUGUGGAGAACAGAUCCGUGUCUGUUCCCUCUCAAGUCCAGGAUAUGCUUUCAGUUGUUAAGGCAUUCAUCAAAACUAACACUGAUGUGGAGGCUUCAUUCUUGGACUCUGUGCAGAACCAUCUGUUGAAAUCCUGUCAGGCUAUUCGUCAGCUUUACGGAAAUUCUUCAGAUGAAGAGAGUAAAAUCAGGGAAUGCCAGCUGCAAGCAGUUCUCAGACUUGAAUUGUGCAAACAACCAGAACAAGAAGAAGAUGUGGAGGUUGUGGAAGAAAGAGUUGAGGAUGUGGCUGAUAUGCUCCGGAUUAUCUCCCGGAGUAAAGAUGCUGUUUACUUAUCCAAGUUCAUGCAGGAUGAAGUUCUGCCGGUGUUCCUGAACAGCAUCCCUAAAGUCCUGGCAGAUGUCUACCACAGUUUAGGAACUCAGUUGCCCGAAGCGCUUGUUGCUGUCCUGCCCUCUGACUUCUUCAGUGAUGAGUCUAUGGCUAAGGACAGUGUGUCUGCGAGACCUUCACCUUUUUCUGCCACACAGAGCAAUGUAUCCAGUGUCGGGGAUCAUCUGGAGGAACUCCGCAAUCGCUCUGCUAAAAAGAGGAGACAGAACAUGCUCACACGCCACAAAAGCAUGACUGAGGCUCCUCAGGCACUUCGACAGAUAGAAAUGCCAAGAAAGUCCACACGGCUGGCAAAGCCGAAACUCUGUGUCCCGGUAGAACAACCUGCUGUGGACGAACCACCUCCAAAGCAAGCAGUUCAAGAGGUAACAAAGGUAAGGAGAAAUCUUUUCAACCAAGUAGCCAUAUCGCCCUCAAAGAAGUCCAAAAUGCCACGGAGCCAGUCUGUGUCGGCAGUAGAGGGACUUAAGAAACGCAAGCGUUCACAUAUGGAUGAUGAUGAACGACGUAUUCUUCUCACAAAGAAAGUAUCUGAAACACCAUUGCAUAAACAGGUGUCCAAUCGUUUUCUUCAACGGCAAAGGACUGGCAGAAGAUCUGGAGAAUCUAAUGUGUGCAUUAUUGAAGAGUCUCCUAUCAAACCAACUGCUGACUUGAGGAGGAGCCCAAGAUUUAAAAGCCUUACCAGAAGACAUUCCAGUGUAUUCUAUUCAAGCUCACAGCCACGUUCCCGAAACCUCGACCGUGCCAUCUCCUCCUCUCAACUCUGCUACUCUGAGGGAGGAUUCAAUGUUAGUUCUGUUAGGUCGCCGGUUCGGCUUCUUUUUGGUGCUACCCAGUCCCCUAGUUGCCUACGGCAAACUACAGCAUCAUUCUCAGAUCAAAGCAGCAAAGAGUUGUCACUUAGGUCUGGAAUUUUUGAGAAUCAAAAUAAAACUCCACAGAAGUUAAGAUCCGAUCCAGUAGGAUCUUCAGUUGGGUGCAGAACCCCUCAGUCCCCAAGAACUCCAACCCGGACAGUUGGAGAGAAUGGGAUGACCCUGCGAGGGAGCCCUUUUCGGUCACCUGCUGCGAAGAGUCUAGUGGUAGACACCCCCAAGAAAAGUCCACUCAAGGGGAUACUCAAGACCCCAAUGAAAAACCUCUUGGAUUGUGUUUCUCCUAAUGGCGUUUGGUUGAGGAGCCCAAAUGGUAGAACGCCAAAGAAGAGUGUGACAUGGUCUCCAUCUCCGCGGAAAUGCCGGGUAGAAAAGCCAAUCAAUGUGCCAGAGUCUCUGGUGUUUCCAAAAAGAUGCUCACCAAGACUGCUUACACCUGGCAAGAAUAGCAGCCCAGAGAAAAGAAAUGUUUUCAAAACGCCUGACAAGGUGCCUCAAAGGAAAUCCAAGGAAUCUCCUGAAACGAUGUCUAGGACACUUGAAAUCCUUGGAAAAGUUGAUCCAGAAUUAUCUCAGUCCAUUACGAGAUCAGGAAAGAUGAGGAGGACACCGAGCUUAACUUGCAAGGCUACCAAAAAGUCUGGCGAAUUUGCUUCCAUUGAUUCACAAGACUAUUAUUCCAGGCCAUUUUCUCUCUGUGCUUCACCAUUAAAACCAAAUAGACAAACUCCCAUAAAAAGCCCCAGCCUAACACGCAGGAUGUACACUUGCUGUGGUAGAACACCUUUAAAAGAGUCCUCAUUGCUUCUUAACAAGUCUCGAGAUGUUGAGGGAUCUAGCCCUUCACCUCAUGAAGGUCAGUCUGCAGCAAAAUUAAGUGCACCUUUAUCCUCUGGUCCUCCUAGAUCACGUAUCCGCCAUCAAAGUAGUUCACCAACUAGUAAUAUGGGAGAAUUCCCACAGGAUAACAAAAUGAUUGAGCAAAACGACAUCAACCAUGGAAAAGCAGAAGAAGCGUCAUCUUCAGACUCCCAGCAGUUUGAUUGCUCUGAAUUCAGCAUUACCACAGAUGAUGAAAGUAUUGAGAUAUCAGAGGCCUCGGUGGUGAGGACCGAACUCACAGGUGGCAUUAAGAUGAACAUUGCUUUCUCAAGGAAACCCUCUAGAUCCUCUGAGGUUUUCGAAUUUAAGGGAAAACAAGCCUCUCCUGCCAUUACCAUGAUGAGCCGAAGCUAUGGCUUUCGUCAAACUCCAGACCGGCGCCAACGAGAAGCGGAAGCACGUCUUGGAUACUCCUCAGGAACACCAAAGAUCUCUACCCCAAGAACACGGCGAAGUCCUGCAUGUGGAAAGAAGUCCACUCCUCAACCACUUACUUAUGAAGUGGAGAUGGAGAUGCAGGCAUCAGGCCUGCCUAAGCUAAAAUUAAGAAGGACCGAUUCUUUUGAUUCAGGGGAAGCACCUAGUAGUGCAACCAAGGGUGUGGCCUCACACCUUGUACACCGUAACAUGUCAAAUGUGAAGACACCACAAGUCGACAGCCCACUUGCACAAUGUACUAGACAUCCUGGCUGCAUAUCACCAUCACUCUGCAGUCGAGGAACCCCUGCGAAAGGUACACCUGGGAAGGGCGUACAGACAUACAUAUGUCAGUCGAUUACUCCCACGCAUUAUCCGGCAAGUAGCCAAUCCCCAUUGGCGUCCCCACUGACUCCGUCUCCUCAAAGCAGAGGAUGGUCAACCCCGGAGAACCUCAAUAGUUGGCCUCGUAAGAAAAGAGCUCGGAUCGAGUCUUGUGGGAGCAAAGAGCAGGUCAUCAAAGGGAUCCCGCUCCUGGAAAGGCCUGGGGUGUUGGAGGACCCAGAACUUGAAGGUGUUUUCUGUAUUCAAGGGGUGGAAGAACUCAAAGAGUCACUUAGCACCCCAAUCAGUCAAAGAAAACUGGGUUUGAGAUCAAGCCAGAUUAUAGACCAUCAGUGCUCACCAGAAGGCAUGGAUUGUACGGAGACUGUGGUUCAAGACUGUGAUGCUAAAGACCCUACGAAGUCUGAACAGUCUGCAUGGAUGGGCAGAAAAGCGGACACCCCUAAAGUAAAGAAACCUGUGUCAGCCAGUGGAAUCUUUGCUCUCACUCAGUCACCUCUGUUAUACAAGAAAUCAACUGUAAUCAAUGAAGCAACACAACGAAAUGGAUCAAAGUCUGAGCUGGAUAUCUCUCCUCUUUGCCAGUCAAGAAGGCGAAGGACACCUAGUAGGACGUACAGCCGAAAGAAACUUCUAGACUAAGUCUGUUAUUACAAAAAGUACUUUUGGUUGCCUUGUCUUGCGCAGUUGCUUUUAGAAAAGCAAAAGCUUUUAUGAAUGUAUUGUCUGUUUUAGCUAACUUUCUCAUUUUCUUGUAUAAUAAUGCAUUACCCAAUAUUGUAUAUUUUGUAUUAUACACUGUAUGUCAUAUGGCAUAUAGCAACUGGUCUGAACAUUUAUUGUAAAAAUAAGGUGGAAACAUUUUUCUUUUUCUUUUUUCAGUCUAAUGAAAUCAAGCUUUAAUCCCUCUCUUGUUAGUGAUUUAUUUAUUUGUGCUGCUUGUCCUGUGGAUUUUUUUUAUUGAAGCAUGCGUUUCUUAACAGUUUGGCAGCUCACUCGCGACAUCUUUGUCAAUGUGAAAUAAAUGUAAAUGUAAACCGAUUAUUUUAAUAAAUACUUGUUCUUAAA